AGAGAAUAUCCCACGAUUCAAUAUGGCGGCUACCGGACAAAUUUUGUUGCACAACUUGACAAAAUAUACUGUUGUUGCCAAAUGUCAUUUUAUCGUCUGUUUUAAAUCAUGAAUUGAGCUACUUUUUGCAAUUAUGGAGUGUUAAGUCAAGAGUAAGGAUGAUUUGCCCCAUCCAUGGGGGGCAAGCAACAGAUCUGAUUGUGCUAGCCUGAAUAAAUAUGAAUUCCAAGCCUGGAUAAAAGACUGUACAAUCAAUUGACAGAUAUCUAUAUAAAGUAUUGAAAGGACAAGAUCAAGUUAUUUUGACAGAAUUAUAAACAGACUAGGAAUACAAGUGCAAAAUGCCUGCAAAAAUGAUGAUGGAGUGUGGGCCAAAGUGCCGGUCCAGAAAACAUGCAUAUGAAUUGAAUGUUGCCAUUAGUAAAGGAAAUCUGUUGGAAGUUCAAGCUUACACUAAUUUAUGCUAUAAUGGGGCUCAGUUAUCAGAUAUGCAGGGCAGAACAGCCCUGCACAUGGCUGCAUCAUGUGGGAAGGUGGACCUGGUUGAGUGGUUGAUGGAAGCCAUGCAUGGAGAUGUCACUAAGAAAGAUUUAGAGAGUGGUUGGACUGCUUUACAUAGAGCCUUGUUUUAUGGCCAACUUGCAACAGCAAGACUUCUUAUACAGUACAAGAGUGAUUUGUACACAAGAGAUCAUGAGGGUCUUGGUCCUUUAGAUAUAGCAAUGAAAGAUCGAGUGUUGAUAGAAAAUGUUCCUGCUCCAGUUUACGAGAGCACAUCCAGACAUGAAGUGUUUACAUGGGGAGAUAACUCUAAUUUCACCCUUGGUCACAGCAUUGAGAUGGGAAGAAAUGCCCCAGAGGUGGUAGAUGAGUUUCGCAAAAAACAUGUUGGCGUAAAACAGGUAGUAAUGUGUAAGUACCACACAGUGUUCCUUACUACAGAAGGUUCUGUAUAUACCUGUGGUCAUGGUCUUGGUGGACGUCUUGGACAUCCUGUUGAAGAAACUUGUCUGGUACCAAAGCAGGUGGAUGGUUUGAAAAGUGAGGAAGUUGUUGAAAUAGCUGCAGCAAGAGAUCAUACACUGUUUCUAUGUCAAAGUGGUACAGUGUACAGCUGUGGAACAAAUUCAUGUCACCAGCUAGGUCAACAUCCGACCCCUGACCUAUGUCUCGUUCCCAAACCAAUCAACUGUAAGACAAUUAAAGGUAGAAACAUAAUUGGAAUCUGUGCUGGACGAUUCCACACGGUUCUCCAUACAUCAACAGCGGCUUUUACCUGUGGUCUUAAUGCUGGACAGCUAGGUCAUGCAAAGCCUAAGGGUGACAGAAAGAUAAGUCAAUUACGACAAGUAUCCUGGUUAAACAUGAAGGAGGUGACAAUAGUAUCUGUAAAAUGUUCCGAUGCCGCUACAGUCGUACUAACUGCUGACGGAGAGAUAUAUGUCUUACAUGAAUAUCAAUGUAGAAAAAUGGCUUCUAAUCGUGCAGAUAUUCAGAGGUUAUGUGUGGUCGGUGGUAACUUAGAUCAUACAGACUCACAGAUUCUGAGGGAAAAUGGUGGUAGACAACUCAUCAUCAGUUAUCUUAACACCUCGGGCAAGGUGUUUAUCUGGCAUGAGAAGAGUCCUAGUUUGAAGCGAGCUCAUUGGCUGAUAAAGAGACAGUUGUAUGUAAAAGAUUUCAUCCUGUCCGAGAACAGUGUUGCCAUAGUAACAGAUCUAGGUGAGGUGUUUAUAUGUCCAAUGUCUAAUAAACCGACACCUGUGAGAGAAUCUUCAAGUGUUACAAAAGAAUCAAAUGAAGGAGAAUUUGGGCGCAUGUCACUGAUGGAUUUAUUGAUGCAAGAGGAGACGGAGGAACUACAAGUUAGAAAAGUACCAAACGUACAUCGAGCCAUGUAUAUAACGGGAGAUAAGAAGGGGCGGGACUUUGCCACACUACAAACUAUGCCCAAUUAUUGUUUAACUGAUGUUCCUUCAAUCAGUGUCACAGAGAUGACUGAAUGUUUUAGUAAGCUUCUAGAUGAAGUGGAUGAAUAUGAUCUCAUACAUGAUCUGAUUCUACAGGUACAUGAACAGAGAUGGCCUGUGCAUAAAUAUAUACUUGUCAACAGAUGUGCCAAUUUUCCUAGUCUUCUUGCCAACAAAUCACAAACUUUGAAUGAAAUGGACAUUCCUGUAAUAGAACUAAAUGACCUUCACCCUCAGAUAUUAGAACAGUUACUACAGUUUGUAUACACUGAUACAUGUGAUCUCUUAACUAUUGGUGCUAAAUUUGUGUUGUCUGAAGAAUCAACAAAACAUGACGAGAUAUUUCAAUUAGACUUGGAUGAUUUUGACGGAGAUUCUGAAGUAGUGGCGGGUAAUAAAAAACUGUCUGCAUAUCAUAUUGUACAGCAAGGGAAGAAGAAAAAGAAGCAUGCAGGAAAAGAAAAUCACGAGGAAAAUCACAGUCAUGAAAGAAAUCCAAUUAAACUUUUGUUAGAUGUUGCGAAAAAAUGGGGAGUGAAAGGACUGGCAAAAAGACUAGGAUGUGUGAGUUAUAAAAAAGGACAGAUUUGCUCAGCUGGUAAAAGCAUACCUAAAACAGCACUCAGGUUUGACAGAAAUAAACUUAGGUGAGCAAAUAAUCUUUAUCUUUCCAUCAAAAACCAGGUUA